AUGGAGAAGAUUUUACAAUGGUCGAUUGCGUCGCAGAGCGGCGAUAAGGAGGCAAUGGAGAAGAUCGGACAGCCCGAUCCAGAGUUGCUUAGCCAGCUUUUCGGUGCUGGUGGUCCCGAUGAGCCAACGCUUAUGAAGCAGUCCAUCGCAGUGGUGGAGAACCCAGAGGCAACGCUUGAAGCUAAGGAAACCGCCUUGGAUAAUUUUGAAAUGUUGGUGGAGAACUUGGAUAACGCCAACAAUAUCGAGAACCUCAAAUUGUGGCCUAGUAUCAUCGCGUUACUUCUGAACUCCGAGCCAAGUCUCAGCGUGUUAGCAGCUUCCAUCGUUGGCGUCGCUACUCAGAACAACCCUGAUUCCCAGAAGGCUUUCUUGGAGAAGGAGGAUGGUUUAGCCACACUUAUAAAGCUCAUCAAUGAUGAGUCAACCCAGAAAGAGCUUCUUCUUAAGUCAUUCUUUGCGUUAUCGUGCUUUGUCAGGAACUACGCAGAUGCUACUGGUCAAUUUGCUGAACUUGGCGGCUGGGAAGCUCUUCAUUUGCUGUCUUCUCAAGCUGACCACAAGCUUCUAUUGCGUAAGCUUUCUUUGAUUUCGGCACUUUUGUCUACGGGCUUAGACGAUACCAAGCUUGAGCAUUUCAAGAAGAUUAGUUUCGUCGAUAACCUCAUCUCCACUUUCGAGACCGAGAACGUGGCAUGCAUUGACAAGAGUCUUAAUAUCAUUACUCAGCUUCACUCACUCAAGUAUAGCUUUUCUGAUGAGGAGAUCUCUAGGUUGGCCAACCAACUUGACCGCAUUGACCAUUUGAAAGACAGACUUACAGAGGAUGACUUCCACAUUGCAAAGCAAGUAGCUUCUACAUGA